CACGUUUGUUUCUCUCUCCUAAUCUUUCAUUCAAGAAACUAACCCUUUGCAGAAACAAAAUUCAUGCAACGAUUCUCUCUAUGAUUCUUUUGCAGCUUUCUUCGAAUACAUUCAUGAUAUAUGUGUGCAUCUACAUAUAUACUAUGAUGCAUUGAUGUCAAAUCCAUAUAUAGAUACAAAUCCGGCGAAAUAUUGUUCACGAUGGCCGGCGACCGGUCGCCCUUCAUCCAACGUAGAUGGAGUUUUUUCCCGACCCCUCGCCUGAUCUUUUGGAUAUCGAUUUUCGCCGCCUUGAUCUUGUUCCUCUUCUUCCACUCGCCCCCGGAUCUCUCCGCCGAUCGCCGCACCCUCGCCGCCUCGUGGGGCGGCCACAGCUGGGAGCGCAGCGUCCUGGCCUCAGGCCGCCCACUCUCCAAAGGAGAGGUGUUAACCUCUGGAGGACGUGGCCACCUCUCCGUCCUUGUGACUGGCGCCGCGGGCUUCGUGGGCAGCCACGUCGCCCUGGCCCUAAGGCGCCGCGGCGACGGCGUGGUAGGCAUGGACAACUUCAACAACUACUACGACCCAUCCCUAAAGCGCGCCCGCCGCAAGCUCCUCGACCGGGCGGACGUGUUUAUUGUCGAGGGCGACAUCAACGACGCCGCCCUCCUCAACAAGCUCUUCGACAUCGUGGCCUUCACGCAUGUCAUGCACCUUGCUGCCCAAGCCGGGGUCCGCUACGCCAUGCAGAACCCUGGCUCGUACGUCCACAGCAACAUCGCGGGCCUCGUCAGCAUAUUUGAGGCGUGCAAGGCGGCCAACCCGCAGCCCGCGGUCGUCUGGGCCUCGUCAAGCUCCGUCUAUGGCCUCAACUCGAAGAUCCCGUUCUCCGAGAAGGACCAGACGGACAAACCGGCGAGCUUGUAUGCCGCGACCAAGAAAGCAGGCGAGGAGAUCGCGCACACGUACAACCACAUCUACGGUCUCUCGAUAACCGGGCUGAGGUUCUUCACGGUGUACGGGCCAUGGGGGCGGCCCGACAUGGCCUACUUUUUCUUCACCAAGGACAUCCUCAAGGGGAAGCCCAUCUCCAUAUUCGAAGGCCCUCACCACCAGAGUGUGGCGAGGGACUUCACGUAUAUUGACGACAUCGUGAAGGGCUGCCUGGCUUCCAUUGACACCGCGCAGGAGAGCACGGGUAGCGGCGGGAAGAAGAAGGGACCCGCGCAGCUGCGUGUGUAUAAUCUUGGUAACACAUCACCCGUGCCGGUGACCAAGCUGGUGAGCAUACUCGAGAAGCUGUUGAAGACGAAGGCGAAGAAGCAUGUGCUGCCAAUGCCACGCAAUGGAGAUGUCGUGUAUACGCAUGCGAAUAUCAGCCGGGCGAACAAGGAGCUGCGCUACAGGCCCACCACUGACUUGCAGGCUGGUCUUAAGAAAUUUGUGCGUUGGUAUCUUGAUUACUACUCUGGAAACAGAAAGAGGCUUUAUUGGUGAACUCAUAUUUGAUUUUUUUGUUGUGUAUAUUAUUUAGGGAGAGUUGUAAAGUUUGUUACAUUUUAUUGGAAUGUUUGUGGAUUCUUUAAUUUGUUAA